UCAAGUCACCGUUGCACAGUCCAAAAAAAAAAUCAAACCUUUCCAAAACCGUUUUGCAGAGAGUACCAACCACUUGUUUUACUCCCAGCAGCAUCACAAACACGCCUGCUACCACUUCCGGUAAGGAUAAAAUCGCGUAUAAAAAGGCAGUCCGAAUGCGCUUCCGGCGUUAGAUCGAAAUAUACGUUUUGAGUGGAACAUUGUGUGGUUGCGAACAGUGGUUGGUUAAUUUGUGAAAACUCAGUGUAAUACGUAUUGUGCGGAACUGUUCCCAGUUUACAGAUUCUGUGCCAUCGAAAAGAUAUCCUAGACACCAGGGUAAUCAUUCCACGCUAGAACUGCACACGAUGGCGUCCAGCACUUUUACUCAGCGUCUGCUUGUGGCUCUAAUGAUCUGCACCCUGAUCGCCGACCUCACCACUUUGACUGUAGCCCGGCCGCAGGAUAGUGACGCCGCAUCGGUAGCAGCCGCAAUUCGUUACCUGCAGGAACUGGAGACUAAGCAUGCUCAGCACGCUAGACCCAGGUUAAUACGAAGUGAACUUCCACCCAAUAUAAAUGGUGUUCACUCGGGACUAGACAAAAUUAUUGGAUAUUUCAUCCUAGAAGCUAUCGAUAGAGCACACUCGACUGACGCUAGACCCAGAUUCGGCAAACGUGGUGGUGGAUACCUUAACCCGGCAGUUUUUGGGCAGGACGAACAAGAGUCUGUUUGAAUAAACACAACAGAAUCUUUACAGGUUGAUUGGCAGGAUCCAACAUUUUCGAGAUGAACAACUUCCGACUAACUUCUAGAUUAUGUCCCGAAAUCGGACAAUGGCAUUCCAUAGCAUCAUGUCUCUCCCAUCCCACCCGCUGGCGGCAAUACGACUAAUGAUAUGAUCUUGAUCCUAUCGCCAAAGUUCCGGCCAAAGUUCGUUUCAUUGUGAAUAGCAAUUAAAUCGUGCCACCAAUACAAACAUACGCUCCAUCAUGUAACCUGCUUCUGAUUCUACACAACCAUUUUCCUCUUAUUGCUUGUAUAUGCUGAAAGAAACAUACUCUAAUUCACAGCGUGUACUAAUAAAGGUUAUUUAUAUAGAAUUUGGAACAAACGCACUCUUAAGCAAACACGCCAGAAACUAACACUUUUACACGUCCAGUAACUUACAUGGCUAGUACACAUCAAUCCAAUGAUGGGCAAAAAGAGAAGAAAUAAAAUUAACUAUACAACUAACAAAUACAAAUACCGCUUACUUACGUAGACUUAAAACAACUCUCCUUCGUUGAAGUACACCUUGUUUAGCUCGUAAGACAAUUUGUGAUUACACACCACUGCAUGUUUCACGUUACGUUCAGACAGAAGACACUAUUCUUAAUAAAUCUUUCCUGCUUAGUGUAUAUGUAAAACCAAAUGUCAUCGUAUAUGAUUUUGUUGUUGUCUGUGGAAAUUAUAAAAGAUACAAUAUAGUUGAGCUGCAUUUAAAAAGCACAUCGUUGCAUUGCUUGAAA